AUGCUCUUCGGCGUCACGACUUCGCUGCUGGCUUAUGCCUGCCUAGCUACCGCGGUGACCACCUUUACCGUUCCACACCUUGCAGGCCAAGAUGACACGCCCGCUUUACUAGAGGCGAUGAAGGACCUCUCUUCGGAUUCGACGAUUUUAUUCGAAAGCGGUAUCACUUACAAUAUCUUCACGCCCAUUCAAUUCCCCGAAUUAACCAACGUCGAAAUUCGUAUUGAGGGAAACCUAACAUAUCCGACAGAUAUACCGACAAUACAAAAAAUUGUGGGUGCGGCGGGUUUUCCUGGCUCAUGGAUCACCUUCACUGGUGGAACCAACGUGACGCUUCAGGGCUCCUUGGAUCCUCAUUGGGGAUGGAUUGAUGGUCAUGGCCAAGCGUGGUGGGAUGCCCAGAAUCAGAUUAAUCGUCCGCAUGGAAUUGCAUUUAGCCAUAUCAACAAUGGCGUCAUUCGGAAUAUGAAGAUUUGGAAGGUAUCGUCUCAUCCUUCACGGUGA